CGUAUCAGAAGCCCGUCCUUCAUAGAGGCUGUGGAAGUCCUGCCCCAGACGGUCAUGUGUGAAUGGGGGAUCACACUCUCAUCCAAACCCGCGCCAAUUUCUUCUUUGUUUGUAACUGUGGCUUCGACAAUGCGGCGCCCUCCCCCCUCUCGCUGCUAUGUAAGCGGUACAGACACCCCCCCCACACACACACACAAUGAUCGAGUACACCUUCUCCAACACCAGCCUACAAAACACUCGAAUCUACGCACCAAACGGUUCCAUAGCUUACACCAUCACUUCGGAGAAUCACUUCUUCCGUGCGGACAACACCACCGUCUCGCGUGUGAUCGAUGGACAAUCUGUCGAGAUCGUCAAGUUCGAAUGGCAUGAUACGACCAGGAGAGAUGUGAUGAAGACCUCGGGGAAUAAUGGGACGAUGGUAAAAGUUAAGGAUUAUUUACCGGAAAAGGGGAUGUUUUCAUCUUCAAGGCUAUUCUCAACCCCCAAUGGUCAGUGGAAAUGGAAAUCCAAAGGACCUAUUGUAUACGAUCCAUAUGGGAGCGCUUUGGCGCGUUACCAGAAGAACGAACGUCUCUUUGGCUCGAAUAAAUCUGCAACCGGUGCUCCAGCCUCACUUAUCAUCUCAUCACCAGAGGCCUCUCAGCGUUUGGACGAUAUCGUUUUUGGACUUCUCAUCAUGCACAAGGAUAUGCAGAGGCAAAGGCGCAGAGCGGAAAACAGCAGGCAUGCGGGGGGAGCGGGAGCGGGAGGGGCGGGAGCGGGGGUUAGCCUCGGCGUCGAUGCAUGAACCAAAACAACAAUCUCAGGGGUUCAGGGGUUUACAUAGUCACCUGUGGAUUAGGAAGUUUUUUCGGGGGGUUCAUGCACCGCCAAAGUGAAAUAAUUAGAUUGAUCAACAACCAUAUCAUGCCAUUCCUGUACUCGCGAUUGGGAUUAGGAGUUAAACUUUU